AUGAGCAACAACAACAAUAAUAAUGGCGAGAAAGAUGAUUCUCUUGUUCAACAAAAUAACAGCGGCACAGCCUCUCCUUCGACAUCUUCACCAAACACCAACAACAACGAUGAUGAAGAAGUGAUCACCCAACUUACGCUGGCCGGUUUGAAGGUGCUGAUGGUUCGCAAACGCGACCAGAUCAUAUACAAACUACCUGACAACAUGCAAGUGGCUGCGAUUGGUGAUGAGCAGCGCCAACAACUCAUGAAGGAAAUUCAAUCACUACACGCUGCUACAAUGGCUGCUGCUGCCAAUGCUCAACAACAACAACAACAACAACAACAACAACAACAACAACAACAACAACAACAGCAGCAGCAGCAACAACAAAAGCAACAACAACAAAAACCAACUGAUAUUAAACCUAUCGCACCUAGAAAUGAAUCACUGAAUCCUUUAGAUACACCUCCUAAACCUACUGCUGCUGAAGCUGAUGCUAUCAAGGAGACAGCUCGCAAGUUAAGAGAAGAAUUAGAGCAACAGCAACAAUUACAAAUGCUUCAACAAUCUCAAAAAGCUGGCAACGCAACCAAUUUCGAUCCGAAUGACAGCAAAUCAUCCACCCGCAAAUACAACAAGACUGGAAAGUAUUCAAAGAAGCGUCAACAGCAGCUGCAACAGCAAUUGUAUCAGCAAUUGCAACAACAGUAUCCUCAGCAGCAACAGUUGACGCAGCAACAGUUGCUUGCCUUGCAACAGUCGCUACAGCAACAGACCACGAUCAACACUGGCUACGAUAAUAGAUCAUCUUCCACUAUACCCAUGACAGGCAAUACAACUGCCACUAGUACACCUCUCAGUAGUGCACCCAAUUCGUCGCUCCCCUUCCCUCCUAUUGCUCAGCAACAGGCACAGCAAACACAGCAACAAGAUAACAGUGCCAAAUCCUCGCCUGUUCCUCCUACUCCACCUCCUGUGCCUAUUCAACAACAAAUCCAACAAAAGACGCUUCCACCAGCAGAUUCUAUCUUGUCUAAGCGAUUGCCAGAAGAAGAGUUACAGCAUCGAGAGGUCAAAAAGAGAUGUGUGGAAUCAUUAUUAGCAGACCAUAGAUCAGUUACUUUUCCUGAUUACGAGAAGCCAUUCACCUCUGUUCGAGACGCCAUGAAGCGAUUGAUGCCCUAUCACAUUUAUCAAUAUCCUAAAGGAGAUUUAGAUGCCAACAAGAUUCCUUUGGAGAGACAAGAUCAUACUAUGAUUGAGAUUUUUAAAUGCCAGUCUGAUCUAUUUGAAAAGCAUGGAAAUACCAGCAAAAAGAUUGAAAAGAAUCAGGGGAAGCUGUCCUUAAAGAUAAUGAUGGAAAGACAAGUUUUAGCUGAGCAAAGACAAAAGCUGACAGAGGAGCAGAACAGAGUGCAAGCUGAACAAGCAGCACAACACCAAGAAUUGAUGCGUUUACAAACAGAGAAAGCCAGAAUAGAACAGGAGACCAAACAGCAACAGCAAUUACAGCAACAACAGCAGCAAAUUCAACCUCAGUCUCAGACACCAGCACAACUACAACCUCCACAACAAUUGCAGCAAAUCUUGCAACAAAUCUUGCCUCCACAGGCUUUGGAGCAACUCCAGCAACAACAGCAACAACAGCAACAACAACCCAAUUCAGCAGCUGCUACCGCCAAUUAUGCUAGUGGACUUGCUCAAGCAACUGCUUUAUUGCAAAAUCCGCAAUUUGUCAACCAAUACAGCCAGUUAAGCCCAGACCUACAAGCUAAAUUACUAAGAAAUAGAGAACAGUUAGUUGCUUUAAUCGAAAAGCAGCAGAUCCCCAGCAAUCCCAACAAUAAUAACAGUGGACAGCAAUCCUAA